UUUGGAUUUCUUUUUUAGUGUGUGAAUAACCGACUCAACUCCCACAGCUCCAAUGGCUCCUCCACACAAACCACACCGACUCCCACCCCCGCACCACAACCCCUCAAACCUACCUCAAAAGCAUCUGCCGCGGCACGCUCUGGAAGGACCCGAUGCGGAUUCUCGACAUCCCCACCGUCGUCCUCCAAGAAGUGCGCGAGAAGGGCGGGACGCGCCUCACCCGGCAACUCCUCGAGGUCCUCGCCACGGCCGCCACAAGCAACGACGUGGCCUGCAAAUGCUAUUUGCAAUGCGUGAGGGAGUUGAAGGAUGAUUGGAUGAUGAUGUAUUAUGGGGUCGUGCUUCUGGGGGCGGUUGUGCAGAGGCAUCGGAGUUCGGCGGUUGUUGGGGUGGCGAUGGGGGAGGGGUUGGUUGCGAUUUUGGAGCAGGAUGGGGAGAGGUGGGCUGAUGUUGCUGACGAUGAGGAGUGGAUGAGGGUGCAGGAAGGGGCUGUGGAUGCUUUGCACGACAUUUGGAAGCACUUUCCCACGGUGUCGCUGGGGUUGAUGGCUCUCGAAAGCGCCCGAGCUGUGGGAGGACGGUUGGAGGAGCGGAUACGGAAUCGUGGGCCAUCGGUGUUCAAGACAUCACACUUAUUCACGUUCAGAUCAGCUGGAUUUGCGACGAGACUCCUCAAGGCUAGGGCGCGAUCCGGAAGGGUAUUGCAACCUGUGAAGACGCUGAACCGGAAGCCGCAGUCGCAUACGACUCAAGAAGAUAGACCUUUAUCUAUAGCCCCCUAUCAUAGAAACUUCCUGGCUAGUUUGGGCACAUCGAACGGUUCGCUGAACGAAUCCCCCAAGGUAGCACCCUCGUUCCUGAGUAGCUCCUUGCACCCCACCUUCUCCCUUCGUCAGAACCAGUACUCCCCAGCCUAUCGGAGGAAGCUCUUUACUCCAGGCCACAACCCUUCUUCAGAUCUGUAGGCAUACAUGCUACAUAGCUCGAAUGGAAGCGGUUCACAGAUGCGGAACAAAGAUGAAGUGCGGCAAAAAGGUUUUUCAUUGAGAUAGCGAGCGAUAUGUAUAUACAAGGAACCGCUUAAGCAACGGUGGCCUUGCGUGCACGGACACCACGGAGCUUCUUGGGCUUCUGGGCCUUGGGCUUCUGUUGAGCCUCAGUGACACGGGUGAGACGAGCGAGAGCAGCCUUCUGGAGGUCGGGGCGGUAGGUGCUCAAAAGGUUGGUGACGCUCUU